UCUGCUUAAGAGCCAGCAACUCUGGAAAAACUCCGACCUCCCCUCCUCUUCACGAGUGUAACUCGAUCACUUCUUCAGAAACUGGAAUUAAUUGGCUAUUAAUGCAAUAUCAUCUUCAUCGGCAAAAAUGGUUUCUCUUUCACCUUCUUGGUUGUAUCAAGAUGGAGUACUGAGAAGUAUGGAUUCUGUGGAUGGCGUUGUUGCUAAGAGGUUAUAUUUCAACAAUUUGAAGAUAUCAUUUGCAGGUUCAUUUCCUGCAUCAUUAUGGAAGUUUAAAGUUGGCAUCACGAGUCCACUUAAAAGAUCUCCUUUACUUCCUUGUAUAAAGUGUGAGAAUAGUGAUAAGAGUGGCUCUUUCAAGCGUGUGUCGGUUGAGCGAGCGCCAUAUCACAGUUAUAUGGACUCUACAUCUGGACAGGUCGAGCCGGCAUCUGGUGCUCGUGCAAGUAUUCCAGGGCAAGAUUACUGGCCGGAAGGCACUGCUGAUCGUGUGAGGGCUGCAAGGGCUCCUGAACCAACAGAUGUGUCAACUGGAGUUUCAUCUUUUGGUAAAAAUCCCGGAAGUAGGCGGAAAAAGUACAAGUCUUCGCCUGCUGCUACUGAGUCUUCAGAAACAAAUGUAGUUGUAAAUGAUUCGGUGGAACCUGAGACUCCAGAGUAUGCAUCAGAAGACCCUAAAGAUGUCUUAUCAGAGUAUGUUGUUUAUAAGACAGGACCUGAGGAAGAAGAAUUAACUGGCUAUGAACUGGACAAGAAGCUUGGACGUCCUCAUUCUUUUGUUGAUCCAAAAGCUAAGAAGCCAAUAGAGGAACCACUCACAAGUGAAGAGCUGUGGUGGAACUGGAGAACACCAGACAAAGAACAAUGGUCUAGAUGGCAGCGGAGACGCCCAGAUGUUGAAACAGUGUUUCUCAAAGCUAUGGCAGAAACUGGGCAAGUAACCCUUUACGGUGACCACCCAACACUGACCGAGUGUUCUCUUUACAGAGCAAGACGGCAUAUUUAUAAAGAAGAGAGGCUGCAAGCUGAACAAGAAAAACUGGAAAAGAUAGGUCCUGUGGCGUACUAUUCAGAAUGGGUUAAAGCUUGGAAAAGAGACACGUUACACGAAGCUGUUCAAAAGCAUUUUGAAGAGACAGGUGAAGAUGAGAACACCCAACUGAUUGAGAUGUUCAUGCAUCAGACAGAUCGAGAAUAUCGCAUCAUGAUGGGUACUGAUAUUCGCAUUCAUCGGGAUCCUUUGGCAAUGAGAAUGCGCGAAGAUCAAAUAAAACAAAUAUGGGGUGGAGAUCCAGUUUACCCAACUGUGAACUAUAUUCAGGAUCCAAAUGAGGUGAUUGAUUACAGGGGUCCAGAUUUUCACGAACCAACUCCGAAUAUGCUCCCUUAUCUUAAAGAGCAUGGGAAAAUAAUAUCUAGAGAAGAGCUCGAGAAAAUCCUGGCUAAGGAGAAGACAGAAGAACUUGAGUUAACAGAUAUGGAUGAAGCUAUGGCAAGAGCGGUUGACAUUGGUGAAAAUGAUGAUGAAGGAGAGGACAGUGAGGUUGAAGGUGAUAAUGAAGAGAAAAUUACACGCAAUUGGAGUGUUUUAAAAAGUAAUCCUGAAUUGCAGAAGUCAAAGCCGCAGGGCAAACCAAAAAAGAAGAAUAUGUCUGUGGAUGAAGCUGUAGACGAUUCUGAGAACUUGACGGACUUUCUUUUGGACUUCGAAGAAGAAGAGUAAUUUUUUGGUUCGAAAAUUUUUUAGUUGCAGGCAAAAAAGAUGG